AUGUCUUCAAAGAAAAACAAAAGCAAAGUUAGGAGAGUCAUUGAAGGUGACAACUCAAGCGGACUGAGAGAUGGCUCCAGUGACUCAACUAACUUGCAAAGCUCGGGGCACGAGGGGGGAGGCAGCAAGAAUCUCUACAACUCAUUCACAGUCAUUGAAUUCGUUGAGAAAGGUAGUUAGCUACUGUAUCUUGUUAGCUAGUUUUGCUGCACUUAUGAUAUUAUCCUGAUAACUGAAUACAAUGUAAAUGUCAUGUACCAUAAAGAUUUCAUGAUUUAUACACGCCAAUGAACAUGAGCUCAAGCACUGCGCAUGCACUUACCUGCUGUGCUGGAUGCAUGGUGUAGCUCAGGGCUCUCCAACCCUAUUCCUGGAGAGCUAACGUCCUGGAUGUUGUCGCUCCAACCCUAAUCUAGCGCACCUGAUUCUAAUAAUUAGCUGGUUUAUAAACGGAAACAGGUUAGUUACAACUGGGUUUGAAACGAAAACCUACAGGAGAGUAGCACUCCAGGAACAGGGUCCUGGUGUAACUUGAUAUACAUAUACAUACACAUACCCAUCAUUUGGUCAAGUUGCAUAUGGGGUACACAUAGCCCAAUAAUGGACUAAAGGAGCCUAACGUUAGUCCUUAUAGUCCAAGGACCAUACAUGUUCUGUUUGAAGGCGAAUUGGCUCUGGAAAGCAAAUACUCCAUCUAAAUGAAAAUCGUUUCUUAAUUAUGGGAUGGUUCUAGAAACAUAAAUCCCUCUACUUUCAUAUCACAUCAAAAUAAUUUAACAAAUGGAAAAUACACACUUCCUGUACACCACAUGAGGUUGGUGGCACCUUAAUUGGGGAGGAUGGGCUCGUGGUGAUGGCUGGAACGGAAUUAGGGCAAUGGUAUCAAAUACAUCUCACACACAUGGUUGCCAUGUGUUUGAUGCCAUUCGAUUUGCUCCGUUCCGGCCAUUAUUAUGAGCCAUCCUCCCCUCAGCAGCCUCCUGUGCAGGACACAGUUUUAUCCGGUUUUAACACAGUUGCAGCCGACAGUAUUGUUCAGUGACAACACGUUUGUGGUGUCCGUCUUCCGUUUACACACAGGUGUUAGGAGACGUAGAUAGCUAUAUCAUUAGCACAUGUAGUCAACAUUGUCUUCUGUCUGUGUUCCGUAAAACAUGCGCUGUAACAUGGAGAUAUGGCCGUGUGGGAACACAAACCGUAUAAAGGUGUGCAUCAAUUGAACCUUUAGUUUUUCGAAAAUUAUUUAUCGCUGAUAUGAAAGAUAAGGUCCUUAUGCUUCCAAACCGUACCGCAAGUGAUGCGUGUUAAUGUUCAGACUGAGCGCCAAGGCGCUUAACAAAACUCCCCCAUACAAAAGACGCCUUCGUCCAAUGACUUAUGUGUAAUGUGAUGGAACUAAGAGUCAUGAUCACACAGCUUUUGCCAUGCAUGUCACCCCCAUGUAAACAUUUGGAUACAGCAGAUGAUAAGCUUUCCAAAAGAUGCAGAGCAUUCCUUGUCCAGCUGAGCAUAAAUACAAUGAAGUCUGCAAACAUUUGCAUUGGAAGACCAGUCCUAUUGUCGAGCAAUACUGGGCAACAGGAGGUAUGUAAACAAUGUGUUUAUCAACAGAAUGGAAUAUUGUAUAUGUGCAUGUGCUUAUUGACUAUGAAUUGAACUGUGGGGAGACAAUAUCAGCAGUUGACCCAGAAACAGUCGAUCUUGAUUAAUAUUAGACUGACACAAAUGCUGUAGGAUAAUUUCCAGGCCAAGUUUCUAUGCUGUUUUUGCUUUUUCCAGGUGUGUCUGGCCUGGCCGACAGCGUCUUUCCCUGGGGGUAAAGUUGGCCUACUGAAAAGUACUCAGAACAGCCUGAAAGUAAAGCCUGGGGAUGGAGUGACUGUUCAUCCCCUGACAGGACCUGUGCUACAGGCAGAAGAGGUGCUUCUCUCCACCAGGUAAAGCAGUAGAGCUAAAGCUACUUGUGAAGCCAUACACCAUAAAUACUUCAUGUGAAACACAUAGACACUCAACCAUGCAAAUUGUCUGGGUUAUUAUUUAUUUGGACAUCACACAUUCUAGUCUUACUCUUACCCAGACAUCACACACUCUCACUAAAUCACAUCCAAUAUCACACACAUCAACCUACUCCGAUUUACUACACACAUAAUAUCUUGAGUCAAUUUUCGAACAUCUGUGGCAUUGUCUCACAGGCAAACAGGCAAGGGAAUAAAACAAAUAUUGCUAGAACCUGUUUCUUGAAUUCUAAAUAUCAGACUUUUGAAAUCUCUAAUUUUGACCGUCAUAAUACCUCUUAUGGCAGUAACUUUACAAGCACUAAUUAUGGCCAAUUUAGACUGAGAAUAGUAUCUAGUUAUAGUAAGGGGUGAAAUAAGUAUAGCCAGUUAUAAUUGUAACGGUUUAGCAGAUGAUUAAAAAAAAAAAAGAUCAGUCUUUACGUGGCUAAAAGACAGGAAACUCACUCUACAUCCUAAGAUGAAGUUGCAUGGAAAAGGGAAUGGGGUGGUGAAAUAAUUUUCUGUCAUGGACAAAGGAACUCAAAAGGUGUGAUGAUAUUAAUAAAUAAAAAAAUCGAUCUGAAUGUGCAAAUAGUCAGGAAUGAUUCGCAAGGAAAGUAGAUCUUUUUGAAUAUGAAAGUGGAUGAAAAACAGAUUUGGCUCAUAAAUCUAUAUGGUCCAAAUCAGGAUGAUCCAUACUUGUUCUAAAAUAUUUAUACACAUUUAUUGAACUUAAAGGCAAAAACUAUCAAAUCAUUAUGUUGGGAGACUAUAACACAGUGUUAAGUACAUCAAUGGACCGUAAAGGAAAUCACUACAAACUAUCAUCACUGUGCCCUUAAUGAAAUCACAAAUAUUAUGGACACAUUAGAAAUAGUGGAUAUUUGGAGACUAAAAACCCCCGACCUAGUGAGAUAUACAUGGACGAGACUUAAAUCAAGCUAGUCGUCUUGACUACUUUCUUGUCUCUUUCUCUCUUUUGUCAAAGGUUAAAAAAGUAUUAAUAGGAGACAGAAUGCGAUCGGAUCAUCAUCUAAUCCACGUGGACGGGGAUAUUGGAAAUUUCAAUAGAAAACUAGUAAAAAUAGACAAGAUCCUGCAACCAUGGAGAGGUAAAUACCUAUCUAUUAAUGGAUAAAUUGCCCUGAUUAACUCCUUUGUCAUAUCUCAGUUUACUCACUUACUUGUGGCUCUGCCUACUGCUGAUGAUUAAUUUUUCAAAUCAUAUGAGCAAUUGUUUUUUAGCUUUAUCUGGGAUGCUAAACCAGACAAGAUGGAGUGUGCCUAUCUAUAUAAUGAAUAUGAACUAGGUGGGUUGAGAUUAUUAAAUAUAAAAGCACUAAACCUCUCUCUAAAAGCUUCAGUUAUCCAAAAGUUUUACUUGAACCCUAAAUGGUUUUCAAGUAGAUUACUAAGAAAAGAUCAUCCAUUGUUUAAAAAUGCCCUUUUUGCCCUUGUGCAGAUUGCCAUGUCUCAUUUUCGAUUAAUUGGAAAUGAAACUUUUUUCAAAGCAUCUCUCUUUUUCAAACAAGCAUUUCAAUUUCAUCCCCCUGAAAAGAUAGAUCAAAUAUUACAACAAAUAUUAUGGCUGAACUCAAAUUUGCUGGUUGAUAAAAAACCUGUAUUUAUGGGAAAUAUGUUUGAAAAGGGUAUUUUGUUUUUAAAUGAUAUUGUAAAUUGGAAUGUAUUUCAUGGAGUUAUCAGAAUUGUAUGGGAAGGUCAACUCAUUCCAAGAUUACAACCAAUUGAUUACAGCAUUACCCCAAAAAUGGAGGAGGCAGGUGGCAGCAGGAGGAGGUAGGGAACUGGUCUGUCUGCCCAAUAUAAAGGAUCAAAACUGGCGGAGGAACAAAAAUAGCAUAAAUGGGAAAGUAUACCAGUUUCAUUUGAGGACCAGGAUGUUGACAGCUGUGCCAUACAGAUUGCAAAAUAGUUGGGAAGAGAUUUUUGAUGUACCGAUUCCAUGGUACAGGGUGUACGAGUUGAUAUAUAAAACGACGCAAGAUUCAAGACUUCGUGCUUUUCAGCUAAAAUUAUUGUGCAGAAUUCUUGCCACCAACAAAAUGUUGAAUAUUUGGGGCAUACAAUCAUCGCAACUCUGCAGAUAUUGUUGUGAGGAUACAGAAUCAAUAGACCAUUUGUUUUGGUAUUGCCCUCAGGUAGCCUGUUUCUGGUCUCAGGUUCAGGAAUGGCUGAAAAUGCAUAACAUUGAUCUAAAAUUGACCCUAGAAAUAAUUUUGUAUUGUUGGGAGAUCUGGAGAGACCGGGUCAGUCAAUUACUAAUAUACAAAUACUCUUAGUAAAAGUAUUUAUCUUCAACUCACAAUCUGUGGAUUUUAUUUGAUUAGAUAGAUUCAAAUUGUAUGUUAAACAUCACAGCAUAGUUGAAAGAUAUAUGGUGCGUAGAGAUCUGAAGAGGGUGGCCAGUAGAGAUAGGUGGGAUGGGCUGAGGGUUGGGAUGUGGAAUUGGAGACAAGUGGGAGUAGAGUUGCUGGGCGGGGGAUAGAAUGACGGUCAAAGAUAAAAGUCAAAAAUAAAGUCAAAAUAAAACAGAACAAAAAGUACAUUUGAAUGACACUGAGGGGCAGUGUUGUUACAGCUAAUGCCUGUUUGCCUGAGGCUGAUGUCAUGCAGGUGUUAGUACACAUGCAUAUACACACACUCUCAUUCAAACGCACACACGUGCACAUACACGGACACACACACACAUAUACACGUACAGUGCUAUGAAAAAGUAUUUGCCCCCUUUCAAAUUUUCUCAACUUUUGCAUAUUUGUGAUACUGAAUGUUAUCAGAUCUUCAACCAAAACCUAAUAUUAGAUAAAGGGAACAUAAGUGAACAAAUAACACAACAAUUACAUAUUUAUUUCAUUUAUUUCAUAAACAAAGAUAUGCAACACCCAAUUCCCCUCUGUGAAAAAGUAAUUGCCCCCUUACACUCAAUAACUGGUUGUGCCACCUUUAGCUGCAAUGACUCCAACCAAAUGCUUCCUGUAGUUGUUGAUCAGUCUCUCACGUUGCUGUGGAGGAAUUUUGGCCCACUCUUCCAUGCAGAACUGCUUUAACUCAGUGACGUGUGGGUUUUCAAGCAUGAACUGCUCGUUUCAAGUCCUGCCACAACAUCUCAAUUGGGAUUAGGUCUGGACUUUAACUAGGCCAUUCCAAAACUUCCAAUUUGUUGCUUUUUAGCAAUUUUCAUGUAGACUUGAUUGUGUGUUUUGGAUCAUUGUCUUGCUGCAUGACCCAGCUGCGCUUCAGCUUCAGCUCACAGACGGAUGGUCUGACAUUCUCCUGUAGAAUUCUCUGAUACAGAGCAGAAUUCAUGGUUCCUUCUAUUAAGGCAAGUCGUCCAGGUCCUGAGGCAGCAAAGCAUCCCCAAACCAUCACACCACCACCACCAAGCUUGACCUUUGGUGUGAUGUUCUUACUGUGGAAUGCAGUGUUUGGUUUUCGUCAGGCAUUACUGGAACCAUGUCGUCCAAAAAGACGAGCUAAAAAAAAAACAAAAAAACUUUUGAAUCAUCUGUCCAUAGAACGUUCUUCCAAGAGUCUUGAUGAUCAUCCAGGUGCUUUUUGGCGAACUUGAGUCAACUUUUUGGAUGAGAUGGGUCCCAUUAUGCCUGGCAAAAACUAAACACUGCAUUCCACAGUAAGAACAUCAUACCAAAGGUCAAGCAUGGUGGUGGUGGUGUGAUGGUUUGGGGAUGCUUUGCUGCCUCAGGACCUGGACGACUUGCCUUAAUAGAAGGAACCAUGAAUUGUGCUCUGUAUCAGAGAAUUCUACAGGAGAAUGUCAGACCAUCCGUCUGUGAGCUGAAGCUGAAGCGCAGCUGGGUCAUGCAGCAAGACAAUAAUCCAAAACACACAAUCAAGUCUACAUGAAAAUAGCUAAAAAGCAACAAAUUGGAAGUUUUGGAAUGGCCUUGUCAAAGUCCAGACCUAAUCCCAAUUGAGAUAUUGUGGCAGGACUUGAAACAAGCAGUUCAUGCUUGAAAACCCACACGUCACUGAGUUAAAGCAGUUCUGCAUGGAAGAGUGGGCCAAAAUUCCUCCACAGCGACAUGAGAGACUGAUCAACAACUACAGGAAUCAUUUGGUUGGAGUCAUUGCAGCUAAAGGUGGCACAACCAGUUAUUGAGUGUAAGGGGGCAAUUACUUUUUCACACAGGGGAAUUGGGUGUUGCAUAACUUUGUUUAUGAAAUAAAUAUUUAAUUGUUGUGUUAUUUGUUCACUUAUGUUCCCUUUAUCUAAUAUUAGGUUUUGGUUGAAGAUCUGAUAACAUUCAGUAUCACAAAUAUGCAAAAGUAGAGAAAAUUACAAAGGGGGCAAAUACUUUUUCAUAGCACUGUAAAUAGUGCCAUACAUGCACUCAAACAUAUUCAGUUGGCCUUGCUGUUCUGAUUGUUGUUUUCUUUGAUGUCCUUUGGUUUUGUAUUGUUGUUUUCUGUUUUCUGUUUUCCUUUGUCUUUAUCUUUUUUAUCUUUUGUUAUUUUAGUUGGUGCAUUGGGGGAUGGGGGGUUGGAGGUGUGGGCUUGGGGGGGAACGGGGGGUUGGGGGGGGACGGGGGGUUGUGUCUUGUGGGUGGGGAAUGUCAUUAUUUAAUUUUUUCUCGGGGAGGGGGGGGGGGUCUUGGAUGGUUGAGGGGCAGCUCUUGGGGAACUGUGGGGGGGGAUCUUGGAGGGCUGGUGGCCUGGUGGUUGGGAGCUUGGGCCGGUGGCUGAUGGGUCGCUGGUUGGGGUCCCUGUUUUUGAUCUUAUGAGAGAUCUGUCGACGUGCCCUUGAGCGGGGCGUUGACCCUGGUUGCUUCUGUGGGUUGCUCUGGAUGGGAGUCUGUUAGAUGACUAAUGUGAUGUAGAUGUUGAGCGGCUUUACUGCAAGUAGAUUGUAUGUUUUAAAUAUUCAAUAUAAAUAUACAAUACAAAUAUUUUUUAAAAGCCUGGGGAUGGAGUUACUGUUCAUCCCCUGACAGGACCUGUGCUACAGGCAGAAGAGUUGCUUCUCUCCACCAGGUAAAGCAGUAGAGCUAAAGCUACUUGUGAAGCCAUACGCCAUAAAUAUGAAGUACAAUGAUGUAUUCAUCUUUCGUAUUCCCCUUGGGUCUUUAGAAGUGUUGCUACAUUGGGAGGAAGGAUAUCUUUACUACAGGAGAUAGAUGUCUGAAUCCCACUUACAAAAUACCCACUUACACCCAUGGCAGUACAAAGUAGAACAGUUGCCUUGCUGUCAGGCGAUGAAGUUUGAUAUUAUAGGUUAAUGUUGCCAUCUGCUGUUGAGGCACCUACAGUCAAUUCAGUGAUGACUCAGAAAUUCCUUCCCAGUUAUGUUAAUUGCAUGAUGAAUAUUACAUUCUGUCUUUUGCUUUUCAUUUAUCAAUGCAGACUAAAGGAUGAUGCGCUCAAUUCGGAGGAAUUCAGUAACUUCUUCCUCCGAUCUUUGGGUAAGCCAGUUUAUUUUUCAUGGGGCUAUAUAGCAGGGGAUAUGUAACUUUUCGAUGUAACACUUUGCAUUGCAUUACCUUCAUAGUAAGUGUCCAUAUAUUUAUAUUUCAGAUGGAAAGAUUCCACUCCCUGGAAACUCCCUAUCCCUGACGUACUUUGGGCGAGCGUGUAGUCUGCGGGUGGAGCGGGUGACGGGGGUGGACGGCCUCUCCCUGGAGAGACCCCCGCCUACCCCGGGACUGGAGCCUGACACGGAGGACGCCUCUCUGAUGAGCUCCGCGCUGCACUUUACCUCCGCCCUGGCCUCCACCUCCAUGGACCUGUCCCUGCAUCUCAGCCUCCUGACCAUGGAGGAGCAAGCUGAGGAACCGGGGGAGCAUGGUCCUGCAGCCAGUACCCCCUGCAGGCCCUUUUGUGUGCCCUGUGUCCCCCAAACUCCCCCCUGUAACCCCCAGACUCCCACUGAGCCCGAGGAGGGCAGCCUCAGUCUGGAGAUGGAGGAUAGGAGUGGCCCUCAGCCCAGAGCAGACCAACACAGACAUACAGUUCACCACUCCCCCUGGUGGAGCUCUGAGCACUGACACCUUCUACUGCCUCUCCUUUUCCACUAAGGUGAAGUUCAGAGACAGACACAAAGAGGCACAAGAGAAGCAGAUGGAGGAUAAGGCUGCCCAGAGGUCAAAGGUCACAUAUAGUAUGAUAGGGGGCCUUAGCAGCCAGUUGAACGUCAUCCGAGAGACCAUUGAACUGCCUCUCAAACACCCAGAGCUCUUCUCUAACUACGGUACACAAAGAAAUGUUUUUCCUUUCAAAUUGGCACUCUGGGCCGAGUAGAAUUGGAAAAUUAUUAAUUGAAAACAAUAUGCUAUAUCUCAAAUUCAUGAAAACUCAACUCUGAUUGUAUGCAUUUUUGUGCUUUUGAUGACACAGGAAUCACACCUCCUAGGGGAGUUCUCCUUUAUGGCCCUCCAGGAACAGGAAAGACUAUGAUUGGACGAGCCAUAGCCAAUGAGGUCGGGGCACACAUGACUGUAAUCAAUGGUCCAGAAAUCAUGAGCAAGUAUGGUCAUAUUAUUCCUACCUAAUGAAAUGUGGUUGGGGACCUAGUAUAAGUUAAAGAUUAUAUAUUGAGGGUCAUUGAUGCUCAUACAUCCAUACCAAGUGACCUUUGUUUAUUUUAUGUUCAACAUGUCUUUACAGGUUUUAUGGCGAAACAGAGGCCAGACUGAGACAGAUAUUUACAGAAGCCUCUCAAAGGUAAAUAUCGAAAACAAGUGUCCCAUAUUUGUGCCCUUUUUGUAUGUUUUUUGCUAAAUCCUAUCACCAAUAUACGUCACUACACAAAAAGUAGAGCAUUCUAAGAAGUGUUCAACAACUAAGGCUUUGCCUUGUUUUCACAGGCAACCUGCAAUCAUUUUCAUCGAUGAAUUGGAUGCGCUGUGUCCCAAACGAGAGGGGGCUCAGAACGAGGUGGAGAAACGCGUUGUGGCCUCCCUCCUCACUCUCAUGGAUGGGAUUGGUUCAGUGAGUACAAUUACCAGAGUAUACACACGAUCUCUACAGUGAUACUUUUAUUUUAUAAACACAUCGACCUUGGAAGUGCAGACUGACAUCCAAAAUAUCCCGCUCUUUCCUGAGUGUCUGCUGAAUCUUGAGUGUUCUGUCAGGCGAAUCAGGCUAAUGAGAAAAAGAGAGCUCAGGCCCACGAUCAGAGAUGGCUCGACAGCCGCCCUCCGCCCCCCUUAGAGAACACAGGGAGCCUGGGAAACCCAUCACCGCCGGUCGCCAUGACGUGCCAAAUUAGCAUCACGUUAUCGCCAAGUACAUCUUCAUCUCCCCAGCCCAGCUCCCUGGUGCAGAUGGUGUACUGAAGCAGCUGCUCUCCCUCAUGCUAUCUGUUUUCCAGACCGAUGUUAAGGCUUGCUGUAUAAUCCAACCGCCAUGGGCCUGCUGCUGUGGAAUGUGGUGAAAGCACUUCCUGCACCCACACGGAAUUCCUCUCUCCCCGCUCUCACUGUAAUUGAUUUGUGUUUUGGCCCCUCUGAUUGCCCUGUGGUAUUGGAGGGUAUUGAAGGUGGAAAUAGCAUAACUUCUCCUCUCUCAGGACCACCCUCGGAAAACACAGCAGCGUGUAAACUAGCCAGGAAACUCUGUUAAAGUAUGAAUGUUGUAUUGCCAGAUAAUGCCUGAUGGUUUCAGAAGAUGUAAACUAGUAAGUUAUUAAGCCUUAGACACAUUUACAGUCUGAAAAUGUUGUUUAUGUUUGGUGACCUUUUAGUGUCGGGGUCAUCGGUUAGGAACUCCCCUACUGUUCCAAUCCCUCUCCUACAUUCAAACGCCUUGUUUAUUGAUGCUCAUACCACUGUAACGUUCCUAACUGUCCCUGUCCUGGUUUGUCCCUUCCUCCAGGAGGGCCACUCAGGCCAACUUCUGGUCCUAGGGGCCACCAACCGGCCCCACGCCCUGGACCCCGCCCUCCGCCGGCCCGGACGUUUCGACAAGGAACUGGAGGUGAGCAGUUCAGCUUAGCCAAGUGAAGAUGUUAUGCAGGGGUUAAAGUUCUCAGUCACUGCGACGGAUUUCUGUCAUAUGGAUUCUGGUGAGGUCGUUUUUGAGAUCAUUGUAGCUCCGCUGAGCCGCUUCUAUGUGAGUGUAAUAGUCCUCUCGAGGCGCAUUCAAGUUGGGAGAGCCAUGGGAGGGAAACGUAUUCUGACAAGCAGUCAAUGCACAACAUUUACAUUUUACAUUUUAGUCAUUUAGCAGACGCUCUUAUCCAGAGCGACUUACAGUUAGUGAAUCAUUUUUUUUUAUACUGGCCCCCCGUGGGAAUCGAACCCACAACCCUGGCGUUGCAAACGCCAUGCUCUAUCAACUGAGCUACAUCCCUGCCGGCCAUUCCCUCCCCUACCCUGGACGACGCUGGGCCAAUUGUGCGCCGCCCAUGAGUCUCCCGGUCGCGGCCGGCUGCGACAGAGUCAACAAUUCUUAAUGCAAUCGCGGGUAAAACACUUUUGAAAGCAGUUUUGGCAAAUUUAUUUUGAAAGUAGUUUUGGCCUCUGUUAAAAAAGAGGGUGAUCCCAGUUUUCCAUUGCUACCAUGUUUAUUUCUCUACUCCUUCAACUGCGCACGUGGCAUCGUUUUACGAAUUCAGUUUUACAACCGGAGUUUCAAGCAUGGUUUAGGUGCAGCUGCACAACAGCGCUCUUAAAGGGGCAAUGGCGUCUUAAAAGGGCAGUGACAUACUUUGUAAUAGAAACAAAAUAUAUAUAUAUUUUAUAUAUUUUUUAAAUAAUAAGUAUUCAUAAUAAUAACAAUCAGGAUGAUGUGUCCAAUGGGGUUAAAUGCAGAUGGACAAACCCCAUGCUUCAGCCUAUUUAUUUAAAGCCACAGUGCUGCAUCAGUUGGGCUACAGGUGAUAAUGCUUAUUGCUAAUAGCACAUCUGAUAAUAUAGACCAUGCAUAGGCCAUAUGCAUGUUCCAAUAUUACAUCAUUUUUACCAGUAUGCUAUUGGGCCCAUUUCUGGAGGUGGAAAUUAUAUUUUAGAUGGUGUCAACAUCAUUUUAUUUUCAUACAUUUUGGAGUAGAAUGUCCUUUUAAAAAUUCUGAACUGAGCUUCUUCGUCCAUCUACAAAUUAUCGGGGAGAACCCCGGACCCCCUAAGCAUGGGGACUGGAAUUGGUCAAACUCGCAGUUUAAUACAUGUACAAAAUUAUCCUCCUUCAAUAAUAGCAUGAUGGUCAUGACUUUCUUACAUGAAAUGGGAGGUUAACUUGGCCCCUGAAAGCAGAAUCAACCUCAUCAGUAGUCUGACACCAUUUAAGCAUCUGUAGACAGAGAAACCCAACCUCAAUUUUUUAAACUACGCAUCUGGCUGUUAGUUGUUGUAAUUGCUCUUGCUUAACAACACUUCCUUGUAUUUCUAUCAGGAUUCGCUAGCUGAUGCACUAUAAACUCGCUAAACUAGUUUAUGGUUACAGGUGGGUGUACCAAGCGCGGCGGAGCGAGCGGACAUCCUACGGAAGCUGCUGACCUCUGUCCCCUGUAGGGUGACCCCCGACGAGGUAAACCAGCUAGCGGACGCCGCUCAUGGAUAUGUUGGGGCAGACCUGGCCGCCGUCUGCAAGGAGGCAGGCAAGUAACGCUAGGCUAGGCUAACCGCAAGCAAGGGCUACGUGAUGUUUCUGUAUGCUUGGCCCAAUCCAGGAACAACGCCUAGCCCGCUAUAGCCAAUGGGGGGCCUAAGGAUUGAGGUGAGGGAUUGGUAUGAUACAGUAACUUCUUCAUUAAGCUAAUGUCCACUAAUAUAGCUAUCACCAUUUAGCUGGUUAUUCUAUGAAAAAUCCAUGUUUCUCACCACUCCAUAUUGUAGCUUCUCUUUAUCUGAGACCGAGUGGCUCACCACACCAACCCUCUGAGACUCUCCUGACCUAAGGAUGUGGGCUUUUACUUUGGCUUGCGGAUCCCAUUGAGAAAACCCUUUUUAAAGUAAAACACUAACUUGUUGUGAAAUUCCUCAUGGCCCACAUAGCCUUUAACCCUGCAACCCAAUCCCCCUAACCGGUAAACAGUGUCAGGAUAACAGGAUGUUGGGGUGAUUCUGUGGCCGUCGGUUAAGAGGCCCUGUUGUGUGUGUGACCCUCAGAGCCUCCUGGGUGGUCUUGGGUACGUGGCGUAUUGCAUUUCCAGUUGAGGAGGGCUGCUGCUUCGGCUCACGGAAGCGCUCUGGCGAAGAGCUUGAUUUACUGUCCGCAGAGGCCAGACGUGACUGGCAGUGUUUUCAGAGAAAACCCCUGGAGGGAAGACCCCCCCCCCUCUCUCCGAUGCUGAAACCCAAAGCACAAGACAAACACAGAACCUCAGGAAAAGUGCACCACAGGAAAAACGAACAGUCUUCAGAGAAGAUUGGAUCUCUCUACCCGACUGUAUCUCGGCUCAGUUACAUCAAUGCUAUGGAUCCAUACAUAAUGGUAGUUCACAUACAGUAUCGGUCACAUAAACCCAUUCCACAUUUGCUCCACUGUCCACACUGUGUGUGUCUUUGUGUGCAUAUGUGUGUUUGCAUGGUUGAGUUAAGGGACAGUCAACUCUAAUAGACCCUGUCCCACACCACAAUGUUGAUGUGUGUUUUUUCCUCCAUUGCUGCCGGCGACAACAACAUACAGUCAUGACUUCUCAAGGAACCCCAGUUGUUUCCCCCAAUUCCCUGUCCUCUUCAGAUAACAAUAACCUGCAAGGGGGCACGUGCCUCGCUGCUUCUUCUCUUCCUGUAAAUAGAGGGGCAGUGAGGGUGUCACUCACACAACCGGACCAACCUCACGACCAGCUGCUCACCCCCCCCGGCCUUUCCCCUCUCCCCACAGGACAGGGUCAGGGGCUUCUGACAUCCUUCCCCCAGUCCCCAGCAGUACAAUGGUGCCCUGCUUGCUGUAGAGUAGACCAGACCCGGCUGCAGAAGGCUAUUUGUAGCUUCUCCAAGUCUCUUUCUUUUCUUUUUUUCUUUUCUUUCUUUCUUUUCUUUCUUUCUUUUCUUUCUUUCUUUCUUUCUUUCUUUCUUUCUUUCUUUCUUUCUUUCUUUCUUUCUUUCUGUCUGUCUGUCUGUCUGUCUGUCUGUCUGUCUGUCUGUCUGUCUGUCUGUCUGUCUGUCUGUCUGUCUGUCUGUCUGUCUGUCUGUCUGUCUGUCUGUCUGUCUGUCUGUCUGUCUGUCUGUCUGUCUGUCUGUCUGUCUGUCUUUCUUUCUUUCUUUCUUUCUUUCUUUCUUUCUUUCUUUCUUUCUUUCUUUCUUUCUUUCUUUCUUUCUUUCUUUCUUUCUUUCUUUCUUUCUUUCUUUCUUUCUUUCUUUCUUUCUUUCUUUCUUUCUUUCUUUCUUUCACCUGAGACGGGCACUCUGUAGACAAAGGGAAAGAUGGCAAGGCCAAGAUGGCUGUCUGCACACGUGUGUGCUUCUGUGUUAGGUUAGCAUGAAAAGCAAGUGAGUUUUUUGUGUGUGCAUCGAGUUCAAUAUGUUUUUGUCUACUUCUACAUUUUUGGACUUACAAAAUAAUGAGUAUUCUUUUUUUUUACUCUAGACCUUUAGUUCUAAACUUUGGAAUUCAUUCUUUGAAGGUAGUUCAUUUUAACCUUGCUGACCAAAGAGAGCUGGUCAGACAGUGACCAAAGAGAGAUGGUGCUGACAGACACGGAUGCCCUGGUUUUAGCUCCUAGCCAACUUUGCAGUAUUUUUUUCCCCCCAGUGUUAUUUCUUACAUUAUUUGCUCAGAACGUCUCUUGUAUUAUUAUCUACAGCCGGAAAUAACUUUGGCAUAUUAGAUCGGUGGUCACUCACCAGAAAUUCAAGCAGAAAUUAGACUUCCCUGACCUGUAUCCUUUGUUUGAACUUCCCAAGGCAGCUCUAUUCAUCCCGGGGGCAGCACCAAAAUGCUGAUCCUGGAGAAGAAGUAGGAGUGGGGCCCUAGUUAAACUCGGGCGGUGUGCAUACCAUCCAUCGGUUCAGAGUAUCUAACGCUCAGUCCCUGGACAAUAAAGUAGACGAGCUCAGGGCGAGGAUCUCCUUCCAGAGAGAUAUCAGGGACUAACAUAUUCUGUUUUACGGAAUCAUGGCUUUCUCCAGAUAUAUUGUCCCAGUCCAUUCAGCCAGCAGGGCUCUCCGUCCAUCACGUGGACAGGAAGAAAGAACUCUACGGAAAUAAGAAAGGCGGAGAGGUUUGUUUCAUGAUUAACAACUCAUGGUGUGAUUGUAGUUACAUACAGGAACUCAAGUCCUUUUGUUCUCCCGAUCUGGAAUACCUCACCAUCAAAUGCAGACCGCAUUACCUCCCCGAAAUCUGAAGAAAAUUAUACCGAAAUUCUAUCAACACAUCUCCUGUGCUACAUGCGCAAGACGGACCCUGGUUCAUUGCUACUCUCCCUUCCGGGAUGGCUAAAAGGCACCCCCCUGCAUCCAUUCAACACCUCCACACCUAUAGGCAGAAACUUAAACAGGAAGGACUGUACAACGUUAGUCUGACCAAUCAGAAUCUAUGCUUCAAGAUUGUUUUGAUCACGCAGACUGGGAAAUGUUCUGGGUCACCCCUCACAAUAGUAUCGAUGUAUACGCUGACUCGUUGACUGGGUUCAUCAGGAAGUGCAUAGAGGAUGUUGUUCCCACUGUGACGAUUAGAACUGAUUCAAACCAAAAAAUGUGGAUAGAUGGCAGCAUUCGCGCAAAACUGAAAGUACGAACCACCACAUUUAACCACAGCAAAGUGACUGGGAACAUGGACGUGUACAAACAGACCAGCUACAACCUUCAUAAGGCAAUCAGAGGCAAAACGACAGUACAGGGACAAAGUGUUCAAUGGCUCAGACACGAGACGUACACUACCAGUCAUCUGAUGCAGCACUCCAUCACUCUCCUUCUUGGUAAAAUAGCCCUUACACAGCCUGGAGGUGUGUUGGUUCAUUGUCCUGUUGAAAAACAAAUGAUAGUGCCACUAAGCCCAAACCAGAUGGGAUGGUGUAUUGCUGCAGAAUGCUGUCGUAGCCAUGCUCGUUAAGUGUGUCUUGAAUUCUAAAUAAAUCACAGACAGUGUCAUCAGCAAAGCACCCCCACACCAUAACACCUCCUCCUCCAUGCUUAACGGUGGGAACUACACAUGCGGAGAUCAUCUGUUCACCCACAACGUGUCUCACAAAGACACAGCGGUUGGAACCCAAAAUAUCAAAUUUGGACUCCAGACCAAAGGUCAAAUUUCCACCGGUCUAAUGUCCAUUGCUCGUGUUUCUUGGCCCAAGCAGGUCUCUUCUUAUUAUUGGUGUCCUUUAGUAGUGGUUUCUUUGCAGCAAUUCGACCAUGAAGGCCUGAUUCACAUAGUCUCCUCUGAACAGUUCAUGUUGAGAUGUGUCUGUGACUUGAACUCUGUAAAGCUUUUAUUUGGGCUGCAAUUUCUGAGGCUGGAAACUCUAAUGAACUUAUCCUCUGCAGCAGAGGUAACUCUGGGUUUUCCAUUCCUGUGGCGGUCCUCAUUACAGCCAGUUUCAUCAUAGCGCUUGAUGGUUUCUGCGACUGCACUUGAAGAAACGUUCAAAGUUCUUGAAAUGUUCCGUAUUGACUGACCUUCAUGUCUUAAAGUAAUGAUGGACUGUCGUUUCUCUUUGCUUAUUUGAGCUGUUCUUGCCAUAAUAUGGACUUGGUUUUUUACCAAAUAGGGCUAUCUUCUGUAUACCCCCCCUACCUUGUCAAAAUAAAACUGAUUGGCUCAAACCCAUUAAGAAGGAAAGAGAUUCCACAAAUUCACUUUUAAGAAUGCACACCUGUUAAUUGAAAUGCAUUCCAGGUGACUACCUCAUGAAGCUGGUUGAGAAAAUGCGAAGAGUGUGCAAAGCUGUCAUCAAGGCAAAGGGUGGCUAUAUUAAGAAUCUCAAAUAUAAAUAUAUAUUUUGAUUUGUUUAACACUUUUUUUGGUUACUACAUGAUUCCAUAUUUGUUUUUCCAUAGUUUUGACAUCUUCACUAUUAUUCUUCAAUCUAGAAACACAAGUAUUUUGCUGCACUUGCGAUAACAUCUGCAAAUCUGUGUACCCGACCAAUAAACUUUGAUUUGAUUUAGUUUUUGGAAUGGCGAUUAUUUUAUUGCAUAGGUAUGAGUGGAAAAAAUGGCAGGGAAAAAUUAGGCGAGUAUUGUUUGACAUAAAUCUUGCUGCAAAGACAUGAAUGAGAUAAACAGUGGUAAAUGCUAGAUGUGUGUUUACAGAGGAAGCCUUCCAUAUAAAGCGCUUUUCCCGACUCCACAGUCCUUUUAAAGACACUUUCGGAAUUUCAGGACAGGCUACAUAAAUAUUGCCAGAUCAGUAUGUGACAUUUAUUUGGGGGCUUUGUUUAUAAAAUCCGGAAAUGUUUGCCUUGUACCCUUUAUCCUCGGUCCUUAUUUUUAUUAAUGGCAGCUUGCUCGCUCGCUUGCUCUCUCCUUCCCUCCCUCCCGUUCCCUGUGUGUGUGUUUAAGAGCAUAUAUUAUUGCAGUCUUUCAGCGCUGGAACAGAUGUUGGGUAUUGUAAAUACAGGUGCAAAGAGUGUUCCGGAAGCCCCUCAGAGUAAUGAAAACGUUUAUUUAUUUAUUUAUGGUGUAGUGCCAAAAGUAUUUCACAAUUCAUUUGAGGACAACUUCGUUCGAGACCCACACAGCUCUGCUGACAAGUGCCCGGGGAUGGUGGGAGGUGGUGUGUUACGUAGACUACUUCUGGAGGGGUUUUUCCUGUCUAAAAUACGUUUUGAACAUGUUGUAGGAGUGCAGAUGGACACUAACAGAUGUAGUUACAUAAAUUACCUACCGCUGUUGUUGUUGUCAUAUCAAGACAAUAGAGCUGUAUAAGAAGCCCUUGAAGUCGGCAGGGGAAACCUUUUACUUUAUCUCUACUAGAGUUACCUCAGUGUCCUCUGUCUGUCUUUGUAGCUAAGCUGAAAACGAUGCUUUAACUGCCCAAAUUCAUCCAAGGUAGUCGUUUUUGAAGGUAGUUGUAGUAGAACGCACCGAUGUCUUAGAUAUGUUGGUCUGAGGACUUGGCUCACAUUCUCUUACAGGAUCCUGUUUGUUUCUUUUUAAUACUCAGGGCUAGGGUGAGAUCGGGGCUGGUGGAGGUGACCCUUGAAAAAGGGCCCUGUUUUGGGGACAGAUAAUUGGGAACAUAUCUUCUUCUUACCAGCCCACAGUCCCCCGCUUUCACCUUGUCUCUUUUCCCCCAAGCCAGGGGCCCCCAUUCUCAAUUUCCCACAGAUUGCUGGUAAAUUUGAAGCAUUCAGGAAAGAACAAGUGAAAAAAAGAGAAUCCACAUAAGGUUCAGAUUAAUCUUUGUUGUGUUGCUUCUUUUUCCUCUCCUAACAGUGCUUCGGAUGUUUUCAUAACUAAACCAAAUGUGUGCUCGGAUCGAGCCAAGCCUAGCCAGGGGAUAUAAUCCCUGAAGCGGAAAGGCUGGAGUCACAUUGUUGAAUUACAUUUCCUUUUGCCUUUGGGCUAUCCAGAUUCCAGGCUGAAUACUACAUUAAUCUGCUUCAUGAAUGUACUUGCAAACUAAGCAUUUGCUAGGGUUGUGUGGACAUCCAUCAGUUGCUCAUACUGACAAUGGGUAGUGAGUUGGUCUGACUUUCUUUAGGUUCAUUUGUUCAGUAGGUUAUUCCUCAGCCACUGUAGCAUGUUGUAUCCAGCGAUUGGUUAGAGAAAGAUCCUUAGCUGGACGAAAUGUUUGUCAAUCCAGGAAGACAGCAUUUCUGGGCUUUUUAAGCUCUUCAGCCUUAUGAGUGCAGAAUUGUCUUUCUCAUACGGUCUACAAUUUUGGGUUAACGCACCACAGACAAACGUAGAGUUUUUUUUUACGAUGCACUGGAAUAGAUCUGACAGUGAACAGUAAGGUAAGAGGAUGCAAAGGCUUUCAUGGUCACCCGACUGUCAAGUGGAUUCCGUGGUCCAACCAUAUUGCUCACCAUAUGUCUGCUGCAGAGGGACAAGAGAGAGCCAUGAGAAAACGAGUUUUGUUCAGUCAGGGAAAUAAAAGUGCUGAAAACAAAUUGGUGCCCUAUUUAAAAAGAAGAUGGAGAACAAGCUAUGGGUUUGGUACAGGUACAGUCACCUAGCGCAAAAAUAAUGCUGCGAUGUUGUCAAAACGAUACGAUAUAUCGUCAAAAAUAAUAUCUAUAAUAUUUUUUGUUGUUGCCCCCAUCACUACAAUAGACGUGGCUUGAUGAACCAAGGCCUAACCUCCAUUACCCUUUGACCAUCCCUAUAUCCUUCUUAAUGCGAUGAGGAGGCUGAGCAGUGGAGAAGAGGAGGAGGAGUAAAGAGUCCCCCUGGUAGCACAUGUGGUAGCCCCCAUUCCUCCCUCUCCCUCUCCCCAGAAAAAUGUGCUUGCCCCCCCUCCCUCCUUCCUAUCCUGUGCAUGGUCUCAGGCUCCAGGCUGAGGCAGAUGUUUUUGUACUGCUAGUCGAAGAGCCCUGGAGCUUUGAAUGGAGAAGAGAAGAGACUGCCAUGUCAUCGGGCAGGGCCAGGUCAGGCUGGAUUGAUGUGAUGUGGGGGGACUCUGGGGAGAGGAGACGGGACGCAGCGAGACCAGAGCCCAGGACCUGGAACACACUGACCUUGGCCUGCUCCACUCACGGACGCUCUCUCUGCAUUAAUUGUGUUUUUCUUUUUUCCUCCGUCCCUUUAUUCAGUCUCCUCGAAUCCUGGAAAAUAUAAACAGGAUGAAGUCUUGUAUGAUCGUAAAUCCCCUCUUGUCUGCCCUGGGCCACAGCCCCAACCCCAUUCCCUGGCCCCAGCUCGGAGGAGAGGUGGAAGCAUCCAGUAAUCAUGCGCUCAGCCACCGUAUCAUUUGUUCAUCAAAUGCCUGUUAUCCUACAUGCAUGGCUUGAAUCUAUACAACUGGUUAUGAGUGGAGAUACAUCUCUGAGACUAGAUAAACUAGUCGAGUGUAGGUUGUCAUGCGGUAGGGUUCUUUUAAAAAUGAGGCUGACUUACUCCUAGCAGCAGCUUUUCGUUUACAUUUACGUCAUUUAGCAGACAUUCAGGAUUUUCAAGUUCAUAUUUGUUUCUACUUUCUAUUGCACAGAGUUCAACCAGCCUUAUUCAGAAUUUUCUUUGCCCUUGAUCCUUGCACAUAAUUUCACUUAUCUUUUAUUGACUGGACACAUUACAUGUUUAUCUAGUCUCAGAGAUGUAUCUAUUUCCUUUUCUAUGAUGUAAUUGACAUAGACUGUUUAAGACAAAUUACCCAUGACAAAUAUCCCACAACCCACAGGAAGCACCCUUUCUCCUUUGUAUUAAACACGCACUGUGAGGAUUUUUGAAAAUAUUUUCCAGAAAUCAUCUUCAAGAAAUGCUCAUUUAGAAUUCCAAUGCCACAGUAUUCCAGGAGACACACUCUUGGAAAACAAGGCUUUAUCCUCGUUCGAAUCCUUCCCUGUCGGUGAUGCUGAUGUAGGCCGUAGUUCCUAUUCUCGCUCCCUUCCUCCUGUGUUACACCUUCUAGCGUUCUCCCUGUCUCGUCACCAGCGCCGAUGUGGCCUAUUCAUGAGUUAUCAUCACCCCGGCCCCUUGGAAUGCUGAUUGUACAAGGGCCUAUUUCUAUCUCUGGCUCAUUCUUUUGCGUCCCUACUCUGCAAGGUCCAACACGAACUCAACAUCCAACCCCAAUAUUAAUGCACAGAUUAAAAGUUAUUUGUACCGUAGUCCUUUUUUAUACUCGGCAGGUAACGGAGUCUUCUCUAGUCACGAGAGAGUUAACCUCAAACAUAAAGCGUCAAUUACAGUUCAUCUGCAGCUUUUCUUCUUGGCUAUGCGUGUCCAAUGUUCCCUGUUGAAUUGAAAGGGAACUCGUUUUCAUUUAGAGAUUAGGCAUUCAUUAGGGAUUCGUCAUCACAACAUGUAGGAGCCUGAGAGGUGAGGUGAAAGUUAUACUGUGUGAAAGUAAGCGUGUGUUUGGAGUCGUGGAGCGGCUGCCAAGGACUUAUGUGGGAAACUGUCCAUGACUGUAUGGCUUGUCGUUGGAAAAAAGGAGGAAAGGGAGGCUUAGCCUAUUGUUGACAUUUUGACAAUGUCGUGUCUCUGAAGAAAGGUGGCAUUGAUGAACAACAAAGUAUUGAUUUUCCCCUCAGGCCAUAACUAUCAUUAUUUCAGAAAACAUUACUUGUUUUGCAGCUAGGGCAUCUUUCCUCCUAGUAACUGUACACAUCAUCACAACAUCUUACACUUCCUGUGAGAAUUUUGCAUUUCCCAAGCAUCUCUAAUGUGACAAUAUGUUCUUUAUCAGAAUUAUCUACCUCUUAUUAUACAACGGGUGGGUCUAAUCCUGAAGGCUGAUUGGUUAAAAGCGGAUUCCAUCCGGUGUCUAUUCUACAAGUUAAAAUGCCUAUUUACGCUGUUCCAUCUGACUGCACAACCACUGUCUCGUCAACCCAGCCAGGCAAAUUAGGGGUCGGGACGUGUAGGGGUCGGGACGUGUAGGGGUCGGGAGUCAGGACGAGACGCAGGCAGGCAGCGUUUCUCGGCCAGUCGAAAUCAUGAAUCAGCUGGCAUAAUUUUUAUGGAUAUCUACAAAGAAAUGUAAAUAGAAAAAAGGUAAAACAAACGAAGUGCAUCUAGUUUGCAGUCUUCACAGCUUCAGUGUUUGAAGUGAUUGUGUUAGCUGUGUUGUUGGCUAGCUCCUCUGAACAACAGUGUCUUGACGAGAGAGCACAUAGAAUGAACGACCAGCCGGCUUGGGUAGCAACCCUAGAUUUGUGUCGGGACUUGUGGAAGGAUGAAAUAGUAUGAAUAAAUUAAUCAAAAUAACGUUUUUAAUGAAAAUAUGUCAGUCAUUAUUUGAAUAUGUUGGUAACCUGUUGUAUAAAAGUGAUAAUGACUAAAAUGUAAAUGUAAUAAUGCCCUCGAAGCUGGUGUUUGGAGGAUAUAUUGGCACAGUUUGCCGGCCUUCGACUUAGUCUUGGGCCUAACAACACCCGUGCCAAUAUAUCCUCCAAACACCGGUUUAUCGGGCAUUAUAACUUAAUUACCCACCAUGCACUAUUCUCCAAAAUACCACCCUACAGGAAAUUGUCAACUAAACCUAGACAUUUUGGAAACCUGUACAUUAACAAAUAGGUUUAUCAAUCUGGUCUUUUUACAGGGCUGCAUGCAUUGAGGCGUGCUCUCGUCAGUGGCUCCCAGCCAUCUGACUUCCAAUUGAUGGGGACAGUGACGGUCACUCUCCAGGACCUUCAGUGGGCCAUGUCAGAGGUCAAACCAAGUGCCAUGAGGGAGGUUGCCAUCGAUGUCCCAAAGGUAUGUCUGGAUUAUAGCCCCUUGGUUUCCCUUUUUAGUUUAAAAACAGGACUCUUUUGAAGGUUGGCAUAUAAAUUGCAUAUAAACGCUCAUUAGAUUUAUCGGGUAGCACCAAAGAUGGAACAACAAUUCUGCUGAUGUCACCGGCACAACGGAAAGUGUCUUCUUGUCUCAUGUUCUGAAACGUCAACAAACUUCCUCAGGGAUCGAAAGAUAUCUUCUCUCAGGAGUGCAAAUCGCUUAAUUACUCAUUGGGCUACCAGUCAAUGUAUUAUGUCAAUAGGACAGUGAGUAAUCAAGUGAGGCAUUAAGUAAUUUGUGCAUUAGAGAAGAUACUUUCAGAUCCCCAAUGACUUUUGUUGACGUGCGGUUUUCACAGAGGGUUCAAACCAAGGAAACGUCGGAUGGAAAUGACCCCCAGGCCAUACUGCUGCCCUCCCUAAAACGGAGAUGAAUCACACACUCAGUGGAGGGGGAGGUGGGGGGACAGUUGUGAGACUCCAGGAUGUUUUGGAGUUUGCAUGUGCAAGACAUAACGGACAGGAAGAGGCUAACAUCAUCUCCAGCGCUAAUUGAAAACAGAUCGGGUCGACAUCGGUUCCUGCCAGAGAGCGAGAGAGAAAAUAAAAAAAAUAGAAAAAGGCCCUUCUCCUUCCUCCUAAUGCUCCUCUGCACUGAGCUCACCCCGAGACGUUCAGUUCUUGCGGCCAGUUCCUGGAAACAAAAGAGGGGCUUGAGUUUUUUCCUUCCCUCAGUGCACUGCAGCUGAAGGGUCGGCCGUAGAGCUCCGACUUGAUUAUAUCCACAUGAGUGCAAAACAUUUUGUUUCUAAUCCAUUUAUAUAAGAAACUUCCAGUGGAGCCAGACCGGGCAAGAGCAAAGCCGACUGGACCUUUUAAUAUUUUGAUCUGGCAGCUGCAGCCAAGAGCUCCGUUCCCCUUUUUUCAACUUCCUCUCCUCUCUAAGUUCUUGUCUGGAGAAGUACCCACCACAACUACUGUCUUACCCACCCUCCUCCUCUCCCACAUUUCAGGCAACCCCAUCAAAGCCCGGGCCCUAAGAGGCCCCUUGUAAACUUCAGACAACAACAGUAAAAGAUAAUAACUGGGUCUCGGAGAGAGAGAAAGAGGCAGGGGGUGUAAAAUCAACACAGCAAGGUGUGACUCAAACUGCCUGCGCCCUCUAAUUCCACAUCCGCCAUGUUCGUGACAAAAGCUUCUUGCAAUUAAUGGUGUUUUUCUUUUACUAUCAUUAACGCCAUCGCCAUGUUCAUUUUGUCUGCAGAAAACUUGAACAGAAUAAAAUAAAAUAGGGGGAGGGGAGAAAAGGGGUAUAAAUCUUUACUGUGCACAUCUGCUGCUAGCCUGGUAGGGUAGAGGCACCUGAAGCUGCCUGAUUGAUUUACACCCCAUAGACUCUGGCAAGGGGAGGCUGUGCUUCUCUCUUUCUCUCACUUCUUGUCUCUUUUGCUCUCUCCUCCCUUGCUCUCUCCUCACAUGCACUCUCCUCCCAUGCUCUCUCCUCCCAUGCACUCUCCUCCCAUGCUCUCUCCUCCCAUGCACUCUCCUCCCAUGCACUCUCCUCCCAUGCACUCUCCUCCCAUGCACUCUCCUCCCAUGCUCUCUCCUCCCAUGCUCUCUCCUCCCAUGCUCUCUCCUCCCAUGCUCUCUCCUCCCAUGCUCUCUCCUCCCAUGCACUCUCCUCCCAUGCUCUCUCCCAUGCUCUCUCCUCCCAUGCAUCCUCCUCCCUCCCUAGCUCUACUCCUCCCAUGCUCUCUCCUCCCAUGCCUCUCCUCAGCCUCCUCACUGCUCUCUCCUCCCAUGCUCUCACUCCUCCCAUGCACUCCCUCCCAUGCCUCCUCCCUCUCCUCCCAUGCCUCUCCUCCCAUGCACUCUCCUCCCAUGCUCUACUCCUCCCAUGCCUCUCUCUCCUCCCAUGCUCUCUCCUCCAUCCUCCCUCCCUCCCUCUCUCCUCCCAUGCCUCUCCUCCUGCCCUCCUCCAUGCUCUCUCCUCCCUCCCACUCCUUCUCUCCUCACAUGCACCUCCUCCCAUGCCUCUCCUCCCAUGCUCUCUCUCUCCUCCCAUGCUCUCUCUCCAUGCCUCCUCCCAGCUCCCUCCCAUGCUCUCUCCUCCCAUGCUCUCUUCUCCCAUGCUCCCUUCCCAUCUCCCUCUCACCAUCUUUAUUGCUCUCUCUCUCAUUCUUUCUCUCUCCUCACCCACCAUCUCCUCUUCCCCCUCUCCCUCCUCUCUCUCUCCAUAAAUUGUUCAACGUGUGGUAUUUACAGUAUGUGGCCGGACGCCAAGUUUCCAUUAGGUGCUCCGUUCCUGGGAGACGGCGCCAGUGGCCUGGGAUGUGUUACUUUGGACAGAGAAAGGAGGAGGGAGGGCGAGGAGAGGAUAAGUGAGGUGGAGAUGGAAGGAGAGAGAUGGGGAGAAAGAGAAGGAGAGCGAGAGAGGAAAAGUCACGCUGAUGUAGUGAAAGGUGAAGGGAAUGGGGGCUUAUUGCUCUGGCCAACCCCUGCUCUCCUUAUCUGUUUUAUCUCCUGGAGUCGCGUGCCUCUGCCCAUCAUCUGUCAAAGCGACAGCUGUUGUCCGACUCUCUCUGUUGUCUGCUGAUUCACCCUCCGCCCAGAUCUGGCCCAAUGCUUUUUCCUGUCGCAUACUUGUGUUGUCGUGAAUCUCAACUUUUUCUUGUACUGUACUAUUCCAAAUAAUUUGCCCAGAGCAAAAAUACAAACAGUAUUUCAGUGAUUGAUUGAUUAAUUACAGCUGUAGAGAGAAAUAAACACUGGACACUGAACCCACAACUUACUUGCCCCACAGUAAGGAUAUUACUUUUGACUUGGAAAACUUUUUAUCCUGGAAAACCUGGGUUUUCUUGAAGCUACAAUAACACCGCUAGAUACCACGCUCCAUUAAUACUGCCAUCCUAUACAGCCUAUUGGGGAUGUCUCUCUUUCCAUUGUCUAUAAAACGUAUUUAUCUAGGAGCCCGUAUACUUCUCCCAGUUCCCAGCUGUGUCCGAAUGGUUUCUCUGUCUCCCUUACAGACUGUUUCCUUUGCAGACUGUUUCCCUUGAAGACUGUUUCCAUUGCUGACUGUUUCACUUGCAGGUUCGAUGGUCGGACGUGGGAGGCAUGGAGCAGGUGAAGCUGAAACUGAAACAGGCGGUGGAGUGGCCCCUCAGGCACCCUGAGGCCUUCACCCGCAUGGGCAUCCAGCCCCCUAAAGGGGUGCUCCUCUACGGACCCCCAGGUUGCUCCAAGACCAUGAUCGCCAAGGCUCUGGCCAAUGAGAGCGGACUCAAUUUUCUCGCCAUCAAGGUGAUGAUCAUUCAAAGUUUGAUUGUUGCCUGCAUUCUCCCCCAAAUGGUCAAUGUAUUGGCAGGGAGGUGUCCUUUUUAGUGCUUUUUACACCUACAAGUUUCCCUAAAUCCCACCCCUGCAAUGCAUACUUUUGUAAUGCAUCAGUUUUGCAGUUGCAUCGCCUUUAAGCACAGUGCCUUUAGUUAUGGCUGACCUAGCAUGGACCUUUUGUCGUUUCCGCAACUUGAAGUAAAUGAUGCUACAACUAUAGCUAGUAACACUAUCACUGCAUCUUUCCGUUGUCAAAACAAUACUUAGCAAUGCCCAGUUAUUUACAUAUACCAGCAGCCAUUCCCUUGGCUUUAACCCAGUUAAAAAACAAAGGUUAUGUCCCUGAUUAUCUCAAGGACCUCAGACUCUCUGGCUUCCUUGGAGGCAGAACUACAGGCCUCCUCACUUGACCCCUCCGACCCUGUGUUUGUAGUUUUCAUUCAUCACCCCAUCCCCUCUACCCCCUCCUCUCCAUCCACCCCAAUUCAACACUCACCCCUACACCUUCCUUCUCCCUACCCCUCGCCCUGCUCUGUCUAGGCCUCUUGAUGGAGAUUGAUUGAUCAGCUCAGCAAUCGUUGAUUGCCGCUUAUUUUGGAAGCUGUUGCCGGGUGCAAUGGGGCCGUGACAGAAGCUGUCAGCCAGCCUGAUUAGAGGGGGUCAGUGGUAAAAGAUGGUGGAUAGGCUGUUAUAUUAGAAAGAAAAUACAGAAAGACUGCUUACCUUUACAGACUCCUGUGUAAAAGUCUCUGAAAAGGGGCAAUUUUUCUCAUAGAUGUUGUUUGGAAAUAACGUCCAUGCUAGUACUUUUACAAUUACAAAGUAAUGACGUAUUUUCCCCCAGUGUGUUGGUAGCUUUGACUCUGAUACAUUAUCCUUGCUUUACUAUACUUUAUACUACUUCUGUCGUGUACAGUAAAACCCUAACACCCUAUUAUCAAGUUGUCUCACACACAUCAGUAGAAGCAUUUACCUUGUACAUAGCUACAUAGAAAUGUACGUACACUGAACAAAGAUAUAAACGCAACAUGUAAAGUGUUGGUCCCAUGUUUCAUGAGCUGAAGUAAAAAAAUCACAGACAUUUUACAUACGCUCAUAAAGCUUAUUUAUCUCAGAUUUUGUGCAGAACUUUGUUUACAUCCCUGUUAGUUAGCAAUUCUCCUUUGCCAAGAUAAUCCAUCCAAUCCACCUGACAGGUGUGGCAUGUCAAGAAGCUUAUUAAACAGGGUGAUCAUUACACAGGUGCACCUUGUGCUGGGGACAAUAAAAGGCCACUUUAAAAUGUGCACUUCACACAGUAUCAAGCCUAGACCUAGCCUGGCAACACCACCACAGAGGAACUGUGGAUUACUGAGUCAGUCUCCACAGCGCUGUCGUGUUCUGAGGAGGAAAAAGGUUGUCUCCCUGCCAGCCCAGAGGUGUUGAAAAGGGGGGAUUGCAGGGGAAGGAAGUGUGUCCUGACGGCCUGAGUGGAUGUUUAUCUGCCUCAGAGGGGGGAGGGAGGGUGCAGAGUGGCCACAGCAGCUUUACUUACCCUUCUUCCUUUGUCCUCUCUGCCUUCCUUCUCAAUUAUUCUUUUUUCUUUUUUCCCCUAUUCCCCUUAAAUAACUAUCCCUUUCAUCUCUGAAAGAUUUCUUGGCGGGCUGUCAAUAAGUUCUCAGUGGUUUGUUCAUUGUUGUUUAGGUGUGUUCCUGUCAGAAAUGAGAGGUGAGGCUAGCUUGUAGCUAUCUAGAUAGUGUUAUUAGGUGUUUAUUAUUAGUGUUGUAUUGAUAUUAAUUAAUAGUUAUAGCCUACUGUAUAACUAGGGUCCAAAGUUUUCCCUCGUACAGAACACUACCUAUAAUGAAUCACUGGACAGGAGAACCAACUUCCCUCUCUCUCUUUCAGGGUCCAGAGUUACUGAGUAAAUAUGUAGGGGAGUCUGAGAGAGCUGUCAGAGAGGUGAGUACCAGGCCAACUUUCAUUGUCUAUCAUAUACCCAAUACACUAUGAAUAUAUGGACUACUUACAUUUAAUGGAAAUUGCUUUAAUAUUCUACAACAGGGGUGUCAAACUCAUUCCACGGAGGGCCAAGUGUCCACAGGUUUUGGGUUUUUCCUUUCCUUUCAAUUACAUUUACAUCAUUUAGCAGACACUCUUAUCCAGAGCGACUUACAAAUUGGUGCAUUCAACUUCUGAUAGCCAGUGGGACAACCACUUUUUAUUUUUUAUUUUUUUAUGGUGGGGUGGGGAAGGGAGGGGUAGAAGGAUUACUUGUAUACUAUUCCAGGUAUUCCUUAAAGAGGUAGACAACCAGGUGAGGGGAGUUCCUUACUAAUUAGUGACCUUAAUUAAUAUAUCAAGUGUAAGGGUGGAGCGAAAACCUGCAGACACUCGGCCCUCCGUGGAAUGAGUUUGACACGUGUUCUACAGUAUAAUGUAUAUGCAGAAUCGGGGUCUACUGUAUAUUAAUGCCUCUCUCUCUAUAUAUAUAUAUAUAUAUAUAUUGGCAUAUUUCAAUACCAGGUGUUUAGAAAGGCCAGAGCUGUCGCCCCCUCCAUUGUGUUCUUCGAUGAGAUUGACGCUCUUGCUGGAGAAAGAGGAAGGUAGGUAUUUCUUCUCAGAAAUGAGACCAAUGACUCUUUGAAUGACUGACAGUCUAUAGUACCACAAAUGUCCAAAAGUCUGUACAAUAAUUACACUGAUAAAGCCGGCUGUGGAGUUCCCAUGGAGGCAGUUCACUAGCGCGCGCACACGUAUGCACGCACACACUGACACACAGAAGAACCAGUCUGUCCGGAGGCGCUUCAAUGGGAUGGCAAUGGGAACAUCUGUGGCUUCAGGAAGAAGAAAAAAUGGACAGAGAGAGGACACAGGCCGCGGCACACAAGCACUUCAUUGUGCACACCACAGCAGAUGGGGGAAGCCAAAUAUGAGGCGUACUUCCCGGUAAACCCCCACUGAAAGUCAAUGGUGAAGGAACAGACAAAAGAGCCCUCCAGAUAUGAUUCAAACAUGGCCUUCCCUCAAGCCUAAUUGGACAGAGCCUGAGAGGGGUCACAGUGUCCAUUCUUUCCAAAACCAUUUUGCCAUUUAGUAAAUGGAGGGUGACAUUUUGUGUCUGCUGAAGUACGUACUCGUAAUACUUGAAGCGUGAUUUAGCUCCAAACUUCUCUUAUGAUGUCCAUGAGAUCACAAAACUAAACAUUGCAUAUAACUCAUACAUGCGAUUCAACUGCGACCUGCAGUGUCAUAUGGCCCAAGGGUACAGGCUACGUAUCAGAGCUGGGGCGGUCAACUUAAGUCAACUCAGGAAUGGACUGGAUAUGGUAUUCGACCUGACAAAAUGCCCCACUUACACUAGAGAUUUACUAAUUUUAGAUCCAUGUCCGAUUUCACUGAAUUGACUGGAUUUUAAGCAAUUCUUUGAUACCUGCCUUUCAAAAUGACUUGAUGCAGGGGAGUCUGUCAGAAUGAGUUCUCUGAUAGUGAGAGAGACACAGAGACAGAGAGAGAGUAGAGAGUCUGAGACAGAGAAAAGAAGCAAGAGAGGCCAAGAGACCGUUGGAGACAGACGGAUAAAGAGAAAGUGGAGAGAGGAAAAAGAAGGGAGGCAUUGGGUCCAUAGAGAAAGCACGAGAGCGAGAGAAUGAAAGAGCAAGAGAACGGGCCUUGGAAGAAAGGUAGAAGCAGCAUGGCAGAUUUCUCUCUUUUAUCUCUUCAUCCCAGGGUCAUAACUCAGUGACAGGUCUCCUUUUGUGUUCCUCUGAGGCCUUGUCUGUGGUGAUGACGUGUGGCACUUCCGCUGGCCCUGUGAACAGAGAAUGAGAGAGGGCGAGAGAGAGAGUGUGUGUGUGUGUUUGCGUGCGUGGUGUGUAUGUGUGCGUGUGCAAAUGAGUGUGUGUCUGACAGAGGUGGGGAGCAGAAGCAGGAGGGAAAGACACUACACACUGCUAUGGAAAAUAAACACCUUAGUAUUUCUCAGUGCAGGGGGCUGGGAUAUGACAACUUGAACAGAUACAUUUUUGGUUCAAACACAUUUCAUAUCUCUCCUCCCCCUAUCACCCCCCCCCCUCCCCCUCCUCUUUCUCCCCGCUCUCAGCUCCUCGGGGUCUGGUGGCGUAGGGGACCGGGUCCUGGCCCAGCUCCUGACAGAGAUGGACGGCAUUGAGCAGCUCAGGGACGUCACCGUGCUGGCCGCCACCAACCGGCCCGACAUGAUAGAUAAGGUAGAACCAGCAGAGUUCCUGCUUUCUCGCUCUCGCUCUCUUUCUCUUUCUCUUUCUUUCUGCUUCCCAUCCUCCUUAUCCUCCAUCUAUCUCCUAAUGAAACUUCCUGAGUGCUGAUUAAAGACAGAGCCUGGGCCCUGUCAAAACACACCCAGGAAAAAAGGGCCUGGCUCUACACAGGCACUAAAGGUUUUACAGCUCUCUCUUACUCAUUCUCGCUCUCUGUAGCCUUCCCUCAUCUCCCUGUUUUCCGUCUUCCUCUCUCCCCCGUUUACGUAUGAACUUACUCUGCUUUCUGAAAUGUAAUCGUCUCUAUGCUCUUAUUGGAAUGUGAUUAGGAGGGGACAAACUUUCAACUGAGGUAAGUCAAAAUAACUGAAGAUAUCCUUUAGUCCAGUGCCUCCUACUCCCACUUUGCCAGGUGGCUGUUGAGCCCCCAUGGUGGGAGAAACCCUCACAGUGCUUCCUUAUAGACAGCUGAACAGCUGGAAGCCUCCUCCAGGGCCACUGUUGGAGAAUUGACACAUCCCUGGCCUGCCUAGCAACUGAAGACCAUUUCCUUCCUUCCUCCACCCCAGCUACUGCCUGGCCUGCCACUCCAAGCUUGGUUAGCAGUUGGGGUCCGAGCCCCUGGGAGGGGGGCAUGAGAAACCCCAGGCAGCCCCACCAAACCAACCCUGCUGCUGCUGUCAGGAAGCAGGGGUCCCAGACAGCUGAGAAAUCAGAUUAG